UCAAACGAUUGUGCGAUCAACUACAAUUUUUUUGCAAACAUAGCACAAGUUGGUUGCGCGUUUUGUUGUAUCUUUUCUAUGUUUUAAGUACGUUUUGUACAAAGUGAUAAUUGCACUACAAAAUACCAAAACAAAAAGAAACAAAAUUUAAGCUUGUUGUAAGAUUGUGACCAAUUGUAUACAAAAAAAAACUUAAACAAAAAAGAGAAUUUUUAUCAAAUAAUGUGUGAUACACCUGUAAAUGAUGAGCCUGCAUGGCUAGACUCAGCUUUUGUCCUAAAAAUACUCACUAAAUAUUCCAAAUCACCUAUAAAAGAAAUCAAAUCAUUUACAAAACAACCAGCGACUGCAAAAGGUGAAAACUAUGCUAGUGUUAUGACACUACUUAAUGUCAAAUAUGUCACUGAACAAAAUGGUACAGUUGAAUCGGUCUCAUUUAUUGUCAAAUCACGUGUGGACAAUGAAGUUUUUUCUGCUAUCGAAGAAGAAUAUAAUAUAUUUCAGCGUGAAUUACAAGUUUAUUCAGUUUUUAUGAAGGAAGCUGAGGAUCUUUUGAGAUCGAUUGGUGAUGAGACGAUUUUUGGACCAAGAGCUAUUUAUUUAGAAGAUGGUGUCAUUGUUCAAGAAAAUCUCAAAAUCAAAGGAUACCACAUAGUGGAUGUCAAAAAAGGACUAAAUUUGGAUCAAAUCACUGCUGCUUUGGAAAAAUUGGCUAAAUUUCAUGCAACCAGUAUGGUUUUGUACAGAAAGAAUCCCGAAUUAUUCAAACAUCACAUGGCAGGAAAUAUAUCAGAAAAUCCAACCCCAUUACAUUAUGUUUACACGAAUGCCAUUGAAACAUCAAUUGAAUAUUGCAAAAGCAACAAAAACCUGCAGCAAUAUGUACCAAAAUUAGAAGAAUUUGGAACAAAAAUUGUUCCGAAAAUGAUAAAUGUCUUUAGUAGAAAUAAAGUCGAUCGUUUUCAUGUUCUCAAUCAUGGUGAUUUAUGGGUGAAUAAUAUGAUGUUUAAAAGUGAUAAGGAUGUUCUUUUUGUUGACUAUCAAGAAGGAUAUUUUGGAUCACCGGGUAUUGAUUUAAAUUGGUUUAUAUUCUCAUCAUGGCCAACAGAUAUUUUCACAAACCAAAGAGAUCAAUUAAUUGAGGUUUAUCAAAAUGUUUUGAAAAAUGUUUUACAAAAAUUGGAAUAUGAUCAAAGAAUACCAACGACAGAAGAUGUUAAGAGGGAAAUUGUAAAUAAGGGAUAUCACGGUCUUUCAACUGCAACAUGUUUGCUACCGAUUUUGAUCAACGAAAAUCAAGAACUUGCUGAUGCAAUGAAUUUCAUUUUAGACACCGAUGAAGCAAAGGAAAAUCGUCGAAAAGUUUUUGAUAAUCCAGCUUAUGGAAAUCGAUUGGCUGUGUUCUUAGAAUUUUUCCACCAAAAUGGAAUUAUAUAAUUUCGUUUUGAAUUUGUUUUUUUGCGGUCAUGAUAGAAAUAUUUUGGUGAUGUUAAUGUUAAAUAAAUAUUUUUUUAGAAAAGUUUAAAAUUUAA